CCGUGCCAUCGGGCUGUUAACACCGGCGCACACGGGAUCCUUCUCCCCUCCCCCCUCUUCCUUGUAUCUGCCUGCCCUCGGGUUUCAUUCUGUUCCGGCCCUUUCGGUGCUAGUCGCUUGAUCUGAAACCAUGGGAUUCUUCUACAAGUUUCGCAAUUUCAAUCUCCAUUACAGAGCUUACAUAUCCAAAUUGCACGUUUACAAUCACAAGAAUGUUGAUGUUUACCCUCACAACCGUACAAUUCAAGCCCUCGGUUCUUGUGAUCGUCAUCUACUCAUUCCCAAGAGGUGGCACGUUGGCCAUUCUGGCCACGGUCAUGACCACACACACCACGGCCACGACCGAUCGAGCAAGGGGAGCGAGAACAUUUUCCGCCUCGGCUUGGCCGCCGACGUUGGCCUGGCCGCCGGCAAAGCAUUCACCGGUUAUCUUUCUGGCAGCACCGCCAUCAUUGCCGACGCCGCUCACUCCGUCUCCGAUGUGGUGCUUAGUGGGGUCGCGCUAUUGUCAUUCAAAGCUGCGAGGGUUCCUAAGGACAAAGAACACCCAUAUGGGCAUGGUAAAUUUGAGACCUUAGGAGCCCUUGGAAUUUCUUGUAUGCUUCUGGGAACAGCUGGAGGUAUAGCAUGGCAUGCUUUAGAUCUUUUGCUGGGAUUGUUCUCAUCUGCUCCUGAAAUAGCAAGUCAGUCACUGGGCCAGCACAUGCAUAACCAUCACAAUGGGGGGCAUCACCAUGGAAUUGACAUGGAUCACCCUAUUCUAGCUUUGAGUAUGACUAUAAUAUCAAUUUCAGUUAAAGAAGGCCUGUACUGGAUAACAAAGGGAGCUGGGGAAAGGGAAGGCAGUGGAUUGAUGAAAGCUAAUGCUUGGCAUCAUCGAGCAGAUGCUGUUUCCUCAUUUGUUGCUCUUGUUGGUGUUGGAGGAUCUAUUCUUGGUGUCAAGUUUCUAGAUCCUCUUGCUGGACUUCUUGUCUCUGGCAUGAUCCUAAAAGCUGGACUUGAAACUGGUUACCAGAGCGUAUUGGAGCUGGUGGAUGCUGCAGUUCCCUCAAAACAGUUGGAUCCCUAUAUAGAAACAAUUCUCAAAGUUGAGGGAGUGAAGGGAUGCAAUCAUCUUAGGGGAAGAAGAGCUGGUUCCUCUCUCUAUCUUGAUGUGAAUAUUGAGGUGGAUCCUUUUUCCAGUGUUAGCGCAGCUCAUGAUGUUGGUGAAAAUGUCCGUCACAAAAUUCAGAAUUUACAUCCUGAAGUAGCUGAAGUCUUCAUACACAUAGAGCCUGCUAUAUCACAGUUCUCAACCAGCAUAAGGGGCCAGGAAGGGCAUUUGGAGGAAACAGACUACCAAAAUAGGAAACCUUGCGCCGAGAACAAGGAUAUUGAAGAUACCAUCUCCAAUAUAUUCUCAUCGAAAUUUUCAGAGAAAAUGGUUCUAGAGCACAUAACACGACACUUGCUCCGGGACCAGAUGGUACUUCAGAUUGAGGUGUCCAUGUCUCCCGAAAUCUCGAUCCGAGAUGCAAUGAAGGUGGCGAUAGAAGCAGAGAGGGAGAUUAAGGCAGCCUCUGAUACCAUUCACAUUCGGGUCUGCAUCCAACUCCGACUCCUCGGGCAUACAAAAAUCCAGGAAUUACUUGAUGACGAUUUGUGAGUGAGACUUACCACAAAAACGCCAUGGGAAAAAGCCCAAUGUUAUCUUCCAAUAAUAAUGCUCCUCUUUUGUCUGUACUAAUAUUGCUGCCACGAGCUGGACAUAAUCAUCGGGGGACCGACCGACCGACCGACGGACCGACCUACCGUUUCUUUGCUUAAGCAAGAUAAUCAUAUCAUAUGUGAAGUUUAAUAAACAGAAGAAAUAUAAUAAUUAGAGAAUAGCGUCGCAUAGUAUAGUAUAGAUAAAUAUACGGUGCAGGCCACUGCAUUUUAAGGGGUAGACGUGGGGGCGGGGCGGCGUGGAAUGUUGAGAUUCAUGCAGAUUCUUGACACGGACAGACAUGAUGCAAUAUGCAUGUUCGAGACCAUAACCUUCACAUCACAUCGCAUGGGGGUUGCCAUGGCCUGUGGCUUACUACGAUGAUGGGCCGUUGGAAUUGGGCCACGAGGUUGGAAGGAAUAAGCAGCUGGUCCUUCUUAACCCCCGGCCACCGCACCCUUUUGACAAUGCUAUCAAUAUUUAUGUUUUUCUUUUUUCUCAUCAAUAUCUUCAAUAUUUAUGAAAUCAUGUUUU